CCAGCACAUAGUAAUUGCUAUUGCCGCACCUUUUACUGUAGAUACACAAGGUCAGUACGGCCAGGCGGAGCAAGUACCCGGCACGGUAUACCAUAACAAGUGCGGUGCCUCAGUUGAAUUACUUCCAUCGCUCACAUCAAUCGUUCACGGUGCCGCUGCGGAUCGACCAACUCCGACAUUUAGGCAGCGUUGAAAAGAAACUUCGCAACCGAUCUAGGAGAUACUUUAAAACGUUGAUGUUUCUAAGACAUGGUAUCGAUCUAACAUCGUUCGACCGUUCAAUAGCGUCUGGUCCGUGAUUUUGCGGUCAAGGGAGUGCUGUCACUCGAAUAGCGCCAAAACCCUCCGGGAUUCAAACCCAACCGCAUCGUCGUUGAUUGAUAUUCUUAAUCCGUUUUUCCUCAUCAUAUUUUCGUUCCCCUGGUAGGAGUCGAUGUUUCACUUUGGUUCUGGUCUCCUUCGACUCGGGAGCAGCAGAAUUGAUUUGGUUUAGCCUUGCAAAAAGGACGGUGUUCUGGCCAGCCCGGAAUACGAUUUCGUGCCACUUAAGGAAGGAUAUUGGGGGUAAAGACAACUCUAUACCGUCAUGUUAUAACGGCAUGCUUCCGUUGACUCUUUCACAGCCGGCAAUCAAAGAAAAGCAUUUAUCCUAACCUGGAGUACACUCGUCUCACCAACAUAGGAGCAAAAGGUUCACAUUCUGCGGAAACCGACAAGUUUGAUAACAAAUUGGCGAGGGAAUUUUUUGGAGUAACCUAUUUUAUGUAAGACAUGUUCGUUGACCGUGCUAGUAACUUGACGUUGUGUCUCCAUACGAACGACUUUAUGGGUAUUAAUUCUGGUAUUUCGUACAAAUCUGAUAAUUUUGAGAAGAAAGCAGAGAUCGAAAGCCUCAGCAGAACACUUUGAGAGGUGGACUCAAGGAUUACCUGGUGCAGAUCGUUAAAAGGCUCCCCGAGGGUGACAUCUGCGAUGGACAUCAGCACACUUUGCCAACUCAGGGCCGUAUUAUUGGCUAUAUUCAUGCCCCUUAUUGUGUUUGACCCUGUGUCGUCAGAGAGUAACUGCGGCGACACCAUCGUAAUGGACUUGAUGCAAUGUGUCGAGGAACCAGCAGGGGCUACUAACGAGGAGCAGAUACCUAUUGUUGGUAAAGGCAACCCGGACCUUGUUGAGGCAGCCUGCAGAAAUGGAACCUUUUUAGCCAUGGUUUCCUGUGUAAAAUCAACGCUUGGAAAGUGCUCAGAGAAAAACAUCCAAUUACUGAACAAAUUCCUGGAUCCCGAGGAAAUGAACAGUUCCUUGUCACACUUCUGCAAUAAUACAGCAGUUUACAGAAACUCUGCGCCAUGUCUCAGACGCCAAGAGAAACCAGUAAGAGAGUGUGUGAACCAGCAAGUCAUUAUCACCCUGAACGCCCUGAGAGUGGCUGGGGACAGUAUGGACAGAAGGAUACAUGGCGUAUGCAGCGGCUACGAAUCGGGGGUUCUGUGCGUCGACAAAGCAGUACGGACGGCGUGCGGUGAUAAAAUCGCUGACGUCAUCAAAACCGUUAAUGGCGGCCAGUGCCUUGUAAAGGCAAGAAAUGCACUCAGUUCAAGUGGAACUCUCUCAAAAAAUGUUGCUGACUUAUAUUCGUAUUUUGUGGCAUUUAUAGCUUUAAAAUUCCUAAACAGUAAUUAUACUUGAUGAAGUCGAUUAGCCUUAGGAUAAGUUGGUAAAAUUGUUUUUAUUUUAAGUAUUGCCAAUAGUGGAUCGUCCUUGGUGACGCACAACGCCUUCCAGAGGUUUUUUCAAAACAAAACAUCAUAAGAUCGCAGCAUAUGAUUGGAAUAAGUUUUUAACAGUCGUGAAAAUAAUCAAAAGAAACCUGGACUUUUCCAAUGAUAUUUUAGAUAAAAACGUCUUUGAACGUUAUUCUAAAUUACUCUGGGACACGUUUUGUACCGCAUCUCCCAAGACGACAUACCUUUUGGUGAAGUAUAUUGUCUGCUGUUACUGAAUGUUGUCGAUGAAGUGAAACAGCCUGGGGCAAAGACGGAGGUUGGUCAUCUCACAGGGCGUGCUGUUUUCGCGUCACAAUUCAGCCGAGGCAGUGAUGCUUGUCCGAGUGUAGCGCGAUCACAGCUGGUGACACAGGGUUAUAUUGAUGUUGCUGAUGAUGAUGAUGGUGAUGAAAGACUAUUUGUAAUGCACUAGGUAGAGUACAAAUGAACAAGGCUAUGCUGUUGCUAUAUGAAGAUGAUUCUGAUGAUAAUGGAAGACUAUUUGAGAUGCACUAGUAGGUAGAGCACAAAUCACUUCUUGAUAUCACAAAAACGAAAAAUCAAUGGGUUUCUGAGGUCGAUGAAAGUGGAUUUUAGAUUUCAGCGAACUAUUCCGAAAUCACCUGAACAAUCCCAAUCCCGCCGAAAUUUAAACAAGUUCGAAACAGAAAACCGUCAGGGUGCCGACUGUACAAGUUUGUAAACGUUUUGAUUUUGCUUAUAAGAUUGUAAAAUUAUCAGUAAGUUUGUAAAAAAAAUAAUUAAAAAAUAAA